CACAACAACAACAACAACAACAACAGAGCAGCAGCUGUGUGUCUCAGGAUGAGCGCGGAGGAGAGCUCGAAGGAGGAGCGCUCCGGGGUGCGUUUCGACCUGGAGAAGGAGACUGAGCUCCGCUUCGAGGUGGAGUCCGGGGAGCAGGUGCAGCUGGAGCUCCUGUCCGGGCUGGCCGAGGUUUUCGGCUCCGAGCUGAACCGGAGCAAGCGGUACACCUUCGAUUCGGGCUGCAAGAUCGCCGUGUUCACCUGGCAAGGGUGCGCCGUGCAGCUGAGCGGCAAGACAGAGGUUGCCUAUGUGUCUCGUGACACCCCCAUGCUGCUGUAUCUGAACACACACGCCGCGCUGGAGCAGAUGAGACAGCAGGCAGACCGGGAGGGGGAGCGCGGGCCUCGGGUGAUGGUGGUGGGCCCCACAGACGUGGGGAAGUCGACUCUGUGCCGGAUCCUGUUGAACUACGCGGUGCGUGUGGGCCGGCGCCCCACACUGGUGGAGCUGGACGUGGGGCAGGGCAGCAUCUCCCUGCCCGGCACGGUGGGGGCGCUGUGCAUAGAGAGGCCCGCCGACGUGGAGGAGGGGUACAGCGUACAGGCACCCCUCGUGUACCACUUUGGAUCAACCAGCCCUGGAACCAACAUCAAACUGUACAACAAGAUCACUUCCCGGCUGGCGGCCGUGUUUAACCAGCGCUGCGAGGUGAAUCGGCGGGCCUGCUCCAGCGGCUGUGUGAUCAACCCCUGCGGCUGGGUGAAGGGCUCAGGGUACCAGGCCCUCGUCCACGCAGCCUCUGCCUUCGAGGUGGACGUGGUCAUCGUGCUGGACCAGGAGAGGCUCUACAACGAGCUGCACAGAGACCUGCCCUACUUCGUGAAGACUGUGACACGACCACGGAGGGGAGGGGUGGUGGAGCGCUCGAAGGAUUACCGCCGCGAGUCCCGGGACGACAAGGUGCGCGAUUACUUCUACGGAUUCCGUGGAGGUCUGUACCCCCACGCCUUCGACGUUCGCUUCUCCGACGUGCGCAUCUACAAGAUCGGGGCGCCCACCAUCCCCGACUCCUGCCUGCCGCUGGGCAUGUCCCAGGAAGACAACCAGCUGAAGCUGGUGCCCGUGACCCCCGGGCGCGACCUCGUGCACCACCUGCUGAGCGUCAGCACGGCCGAGGGGGGCGCGGGGGACUCCGUGAUCGAGAGCAGCGUGGCCGGGUUCAUCGUGGUCACCGCCGUGGAUCCCGAGAGGCAGGUCCUCACCGUGCUCUCCCCCGCGCCCCGACCGCUCCCCAAAAACAUCCUGCUCAUCAUGGACGUAGGACGCGUGUACCUGUAA